ACUUUACCCCGACUAAUAGCUUUCAAAUCACUCUCAAUUUCUUUCUCAUCUAAGAGGUAAUUCAAUUGUGCUGGAGGAGGUUUCCUUCGUUUCUCUACUUUCUCAGGAACAGGAUCAUUGGGACGUCUUCGUAAUUUCCUUGUCAUUACAGGUUUCACCUAAAAAAUGACAAAAUCUAUACAUAUACAUUAAAAUGAAAUUAUAAUUUCUUUGUACUAAUAUUUGUACCUCCAUUGAGUCUCCUGUGAGUUCCAUAGUAUGUCGGUCACUUUCUAUCAUCUUCCGUUUCUCCUCCAUGUCAGUUAAUAAGUUCUCUUUUAAAUCUAUCUUCUUUUCCUCAAAUUCUUUAACUGCUGCUUUCUUCUCCAAUAUAUAAUCUCGUUCCACAGACUCUGUCAGAUAAUCUCGGUAAAUUAUAUUCAAUCUUAGUCUACAAAAAAUUAAAUUCAGUCAAUAUGGUCUAUAAAAAAAUUAUAUUGGUAUAUCAUAAAGCUUUCAACCUCUCUCUAUAUUGAGCCUCCAAACGUUUCAACUUGCGAUUAUACUCUGGAUGAGUGCCAUCCUUUAAUUGUUGUAAUUGUUUCUUCAAGCUGGCCAAUUUGUCCUGAUAUACUCUGAAAACAUAUAUUAUUGAAUCAUUGGAUUAAAAGGUAUUUUCAAUUCAAUUUUAUAUCUUACUGCUCCUUUAUCUCUGUGUACUCUUCAGAUUUUCCCAGAUCAGUCUCGCUUGCUUCUUCAGUAUCUACAGUAAUAUAUUAAUUAUAAAAAGACGAAUAACUACAUUAAAUAUUUUACGUUAAUAGCCAGUACCUUCAUCGCUCUCGUCUUGUUCCUCAGCAUCACGAUCAUCUUCCAAAUACUCCUCAUUAUCUUCAUCAAUGUCGUAAUCGUCCUGACCAUACAUGGUCGAGAACGGUGAAUCCUGAUACGACAUUUCAGAACGAAAUAAUCAUUCCUUCGAUUUUACUUGCCGAAUUAAAAUUAACAUAAAUGAAGUAGGUAAACAAAUAAUUAUUUUUCAGAGGUUAAAUACUUGACAAGUGUAAUGGAGUUCAAGUACAUUCCUUACGGUGCAUAUUUGAAUAUAUAUUAUGGUAUAAGUAUCAAAUAAUAAACAAAUAAAACAUAAAUAUAUGAAAAGUAAACUGCAGAAUAGAUGCAAUUUUAUUUGGUAUUAUUCACACGUUAAUAAGACCAAAUUGACAUGACGCAUUCUGUGAUGACUCCAAGAGGGCUCUAGUGUAGCAUUAUAAUUUCUAGUAUACAAAUUCGUGUAAUAAUUAAUUGAGACCAUUAAAUGUUGCAUAAAAUAAGGAACAUCUGAAAAAAUGUAUUUUUAUCAUAUAAAGUUAUUACAAACUUAUUAAUAAAAAUUUAUGAGUAUUCUCAAAAGAAGUUUAAAUGACGUUACAGAAAUAAUAUUCUUUGCAUGGGUCUCAAUCACGAUGGCUAUCAUAUUCAAAUCCAACUACCAAUCAAACUAAUACAAUAUGAAAAUACGUUAUACGUGCCUAUAGAACUUAAAUCAAUUUAAUUUUGAUAAUUGUAUAGAUUAAUUAGUAACCGUUUUUUAAAUAAAUGUUAAAUUAAACACUUAGAUUGCGCGCUUCGUUCAAAUAUAGUUGGCAGCACGUGCAAUUGGUAGUGGUUUUUAACGUACUUCGCAGUUGUGUAGUUGCGGUUUUAAAAUGUAUGCACGAGUGUUGAAACGCAUUUAAACAUAAUACCGAGAUUUCUUGCGUGUUUCUAAAUUACAUGGUGUCACAGAUACUCCGUUGAACGGUAUUGUAAAUAUACAAGCUGUAAACUCGCAAUAAUCAUCUUCGCAGAAACGUGACGAGUUUACUGAAAUUUGGCGGUAACAUAACCUUAUUUUGACCUUAGCGAAAGAGUGUAUAAAUGAUUUUUUCGCGUUCGCUCUGUUUUAACAUUGUCCGUAAAAAAUGAAAGAGUUGGAAGAAGUGAACUGUGAGGUUCGUAACGUUAUAGAUAUUCAACAUAAGUUCUUUACUCGAUCGAAUAAUGCUGAAGGAGAUGAAGCUGGAUCGUUUAAUGGUUCGCCGGUGUACAAUGGUUUUGAUAGCCAUUGCGGGGGCUUUCUGAGUGAUGCCAAGUAUGCUUGGUUAAGCCAUGGUUCCCAUUUAGUAAUUCUCAAUACGAAAAGUGGAGAAAGUAUCAGUUCUUGGACAUUUAGAGGAAAAAUUACUUGUGUGUGUCAAUUUCCAGCACAGCCUGGGGAAUUACCAUUGCUUCUUGUUGGUUUGGAUAAUGAAGCCACUAGAAUUAAAGAUUCCGUAGGAUUAUUGUGCAUUUUUGACUCUACUACCUCCCGUGUUUUAAGAGCUAUAAAGAUGCCAGUUGGUGUUGAACAGGUUUGUAUAGUGACUGGUGGAGCAGAUUGGGAAGAAUUUAAUGACAAAAGACCGGAUAAUAUUCUAAUGCAAAUGGAUGGGAUAGCUUGUGUAGUAUUGCGUAAUCUGCAUCAUCUUAUGAUUGAUCUUCAAAGAUCCGUUUGGGAGGUACUCAAUGAUUUGUCUCUUGUUAUGGAUGAAACUUCCCCGGCUGAAAUAGAAUUUCUAACAUCUAAGGAUUCCCUUCAUAAAAAUCAAUCUAAUAAGAGUAAACACAUGGUUUGCAACUUAUUAAAUCAGCGUGUGGAAAAACAUAUUGGUUUUAACAGAGAAGAAUUCGAAUCAAUUGGUCUUCUAGAUGAAAAAUUAACCAAUACCAUUAUUAGUUCCACGAAAAUUGGUUGCCUAAUAUCUGGAUGCUUAGGUAGAGUUAUAAUAUGGCAAAAUAAUGGUUCUGUAGGCUGGAUAAGUUUACCAGUAGACGAGACUAUGAUAAUAACACAUUUGGCUUUAUUGGAACCAGCUGACGAUCCAAGACCCUUUUAUUAUUUGUGGGUCGUUUUUCAAGAUGAAUCAUUAAAGGUGCCUUCCCUAUUGAGGAUGUAUGCCCUACUGUUCGAGCGAAAAUUCUGCAACAAAGGAACGAAUUUGUAUUUCAAUCUAGAAGUGGAGCCCAGCCUUAAAUUUGAAUUUGAAUUGGAUGCAAAUGAUAGAGUGGUCAAUCUAUCUACUAUCGAAAGAGAAACCAAUCUAGACCAAAUAGAAUCAGAAUCUAAACGAGGGGAAGAUAGUUUGUUAUUAAUUUCGACCGCCAGUCGAACGUUAUUGUUCGAUUUAAACCAAUGGUACAAAGAACAAAUGCCUCGGACCAUUAGCGAGUGCAAGAAUCCUAAUAGUAUAUUGGCCAGUUAUAAUACUAAAAUUCGGCGGACUAACACAUCGAAUAAUGAAAUUGUCAGUUGCACUUAUAUUCCUCGUUCUCUACAAGAAUUUCCGAAUAACACAUUAAGUUCAUCAGAAGAAUUGUUCUAUCCAAAUUCAUUAUCACUAGAAUGGAUAGAAUUGAGCAUGUCAAAAUUAACAAUUUGGCUGACCCGGGGUGUCCAAGCUGAACUACUUCAUGAAAUAGCUCUUGCUGGGCCAAUCGUGUUAACUCAACCUUCCGAAAUGUUUCACAAAUGUCUUUCUGUCGGUUUGGUGCCAUUUAACACAGAAGUGUCCUUCUCAAGUGAUCAUAAUUCUCAAAGGGACAUGCUGCUGUCUCUAUGCUUGGAACAGCAUUGGGCAACUUUCUUAAUAAGGUGUGCCAAGGAAUGGUCAGAUGGAAGUGCAGGAUACAUGUACCCAAGUUUCUUGAAAUGGGGUAUACAACGGGCUGCAACUAUAAAAAUGAUCGCUGAUCAUUUGUGUAUACCUCUGUUUGAUCAGUCAGGCAACAAUAUCGGAGAGUCUGAAGUGAAAACCUUAAGAUUUUGUUAUCAACAAUUGGAAUGCUUAUCCAAUGUGGUAUCAAAGUUACCUCUUGAAACGAAUAACUUAAUCAAACAACGAAGAGCGCUUAAACGCGUAUCCGUAUAUUUCCAAGUGCUCCUCUGGUUCUAUGACGUUGGUUUACUACCCGAAACACAAGAAUUUGAAGAAGGUUCUGUAUCCAUGUCUCACACACCUAAAAUUCCUUAUCCAUACGAGAAAUUGUUUCAUCUGUACAAGGAGAAAAGGGAGUCCGUUGCAGACAAGGAAAACAAAGUUGAGGAUAUGCUCUUUAUAGAUGAACUGAUAACACGGGAAUGCCCUAGUUUAAACGUACAGUGGCAAAAGGAAUCUGGAGAUACAUCUACCAAUGGUUACUACCCUCCUCCAUCGUUGCAGUCUUUACUGAGAAGUUAUUUAACCGACUGCAACCAAGAAGAGACAGAUAAUCUCGAAUGCAAACAUCAAAUUACCAACUAUCUUUUAAUGGACUUGGCCUUGCUGCUACAAGGAUCUUAUCCUGGCGUAGACCAAUUGGUCAAGUAUCUUUCAUCGUUCAAAAUGAAUCCUAGCAUCGUGAAACUGACACAAGCAUUCUGGCUUCUGGAUCAUGAGGAUUAUAAUGGAUUUUUAGACAUGAUGAAUGGCCAGUUGAUCUUUGAUUCUGAUGUCAAAGACUGGCAUCACAAGUUAGUAUUGAGGACCCUGAUAAGGAACAAUCAGCACAAACUGGCUUUGAUGUAUCUACGCAUAAGAAAGCCCCCUCUGUCGUCUGUUCAGGACCAGAGUACAUUGAUCGAUCUGUCAGUGGAACACGGCUUGGUCCAAUCAGCCUUUCAUCAUAGACCAAGAUCUCAUUACGAACAAUUAUUAAUGUGUUUCUUCCAAUCGUGUAAAGCUUACGAUAAACUCAGUGACAUUUUACAUUUGGCGUUAGAUACAGAAGAGGAAGAGAUGUUUGUCAAGUUUUUGGAGGCAUCCAAGUCCGAGGACAUAAGGUUGCUUUACUACUUGCAACGAUGCCGGUAUAUGGAAGCGAACAGUGGAAGUUUCGCCGUCCGAUUCAGCGGUACCAAUUCUAAGAACGAUCACUCCGAUAUGCUGAACGCUUACAACGCGACUUUGCCCGACAUAAUGAAGAAGUUCUCCAUGAGUAUGAGUAAACCGAACUCGAACGCAAGUUUGGAACCAAGGUACCCUAGACCAAUGACCUACAACAAUAAGAAUUACCAACGAAUUUCCAGCAUUUACGAGACUGUUAUUAAAAAGGCGAAGGAAACUUAUCACAGAGACGAGAAAUCCGUGAUCCCCUUCAUCACUGCUCCGUGCACCACGCUGAAGUCGCACGAUGACCACAUUAAUAUAAAUUGCGUCAUGUCUCCGAAGAUCGUGGAGACGCAUAGGAAGCGUACUUUGGAUGAGGUGGAUAACGAAGAAGAGAGCGAUUUGAGGACACCGGAGAAGAUCAAGCGUAGGAAGCUACUGGACGAUGGGGAGGCAGCUUUGAACGCAGCGUUCAGUACUCCCUUGGUAAAGCGUAAAGUAUCCCGCAGUGAUACUCGCAUCGAGACCCCUCAUUCUAUUUUGAAAAUCAGGCAGCUUAUCCGGAACUCAACGUCCCCGAACGUUGGUCCUGUACAGGAAGUUACGGACAGCCCGGUCUCUGAUAAAGAGAAGAAGAUCAAUAGACAAAUACGAUUCAACAUUUCCCAGUCGAAGAAGAACGCUUCCCACGAUGGGGUCAGUGGCGACGAGAGUUUUUCCACGAUGAAUGCCACCGAAGGAAGCGAAGAAGCUUCCUUCAACUCUGCGGUGAGUGAAAAGUCGUACACCGACAGCACAGUCUUGUCGGAUGGCAGCUAUACUUGCAAAAACGUCUAUACUGCUCGUCCCAGACCGAGUCUCAGGAGGACAUGUCUGCAAAUACCCACAGAAUCGUUUCAGGAUUUGAAGAGAAGAAGUUCUAUGAACUCUCGUUUGGAAGCAUCGAAUGUGUUGGAGAACAGCAUCACAAAUUCGCCAAAAGCUAUGCCAAGAGCAUCCGCAGGGUGCACUUCAAGGUUCUCUGUUUCACUCCAUUCACCUGCUAUACUUACUCCAAACAGUAGUUAUGAAAUUGAUACUUCUAAACAGUUCCUUGAGAAGCCCGUGCGACGGACUGCCAAGUCUAGUUGCAUCGAUGCAUCUGUUUCUUCUGUAAAGAGUACCGAAGAAACGUCGUACCUCGAUGUUGAAGAGCCAAUGAUGAUCGACAAGGAGGAAGAAGCAGAAGAACUGGAGGAAUUAGUAGAAGAAGAGGAGGAGGAGGAUGCUAUAUUGGAUACAUCGUCGGAUGUACAAAUCACCUCUCCGACUAUACCUAAAGCCAAUCACUUUAAGUUCAACGAUAAUAUAUUAAAUAAAUAUAAGAACGGAGAUAUUCCACUGGACAAUGGAAAACAAAAUGAGAUUAUUCACAAAGUUCAAGGACACACAGAUAUGGAGAACGGUGAACACUUUGAUAUUACCGACGACGAGUCUUCUAAUUGCGCUGAUGCGAUGGUUCUAGCUCUUGAUAAGAGUGCUGAUUUAAGUCAAGCGUCUAAAACGCAAGCUUCCGCGGACAACGAGUAUGAUGCUUUGAAUAUCACUGAUGAUGAGUCUGAUGCAAGUAUUCAGGCGGAAACUAAAUUCGCUGGAAAUGAAGAAAAAGAUACAGAUGUGUCGUUACAUCUGGAGAUCAAUAACUUCAGAACUGGCGCAGCAGUGGAUAAAGCUAGCCCUAGUUCAGUUCAGUAUAUUAAAGAAACCAUUAACACUUCUAGCAUAGAUGAAGAGUUCUCGCUUGUUCGCGAUAAUGUCUCCACGAGGAUGACCAGAUCUAGAAGAGCUUCUUCAGUAACGAAAGAGAUAAGUUCACCGUCUACAUUAAAUUCCCCUUCUAAGAUUGUUACGAAGACCACUACGAGGACAAGAAGAGCAAGUUCAUUGAUGAAGGAAGUAUUAAUUGCAUCCGUUGCACCUACGGAUGAAGGUACUAAGCGAAAAAGAUCAUCUGGGUCGGAAGACUCUUCGAGCAGCUCUACUCCAAGGAAAACAAGGGGUGGAAAGUCAUCACAGGUGGCAAAGGAUGUUACGCCUACAGAAGAGCAAAGAGAAGAAGAUACAUUGACCUCUACCCCAAGGAAAACAAGAGGUAAAAGUGCUUCGACGAUAAAAGAUAUUUCUCUUGUAGAGGAGCAAGGUGGACAAGGCUUGCCGGUCACCUCUAUGCCAAGAAACACGAGGAGUAGAAGAUCAUCGUUGAUAGGGAAGAAUAUUUCUCUUCUAGAAGAAGAAAGGGAAGACAGUUCAUCGGAUUCUCUUGUGCCGAAGAGGACUAGAGCUAGAAGAGCGUCGUCGAUAGCAAAAGAUAUUCAUUCUGUGAAUGAGGAAGGUGAAAAAGAACCAUCGAACAUUGGUACGCCAAGGAAAGCUAGAGGCAGAAGGGCAUCGUCUAUAGCAAAGGAUGUCCAUCCUGUAGAGGAAGAAAGUAAAGAAGAGUCUCCAAGCACCUCUGCAUCAAGAAAAGCUAGAGGCAGAAGGGCAUCAUCUAUAGCAAAGGAUGUCCAUCCUGUAGAGGAAGAAAGUAAAGAAGAGUCUCCAAGCACCUCUGCAUCAAGAAAAGCUAAAGGCAGGAGAGCAUCAUCUGUAGCAAAGGAUAUUCAUCCUACAGAAGAAGAAAGUAAAGAAGAGUCUCCAAGCACUUCUACGUCAAGAAAAGCUAAGGGCAGAAGAGCAUCAUCCGUAGCAAAGGAUAUUCAUCCUGUAGAAGAAGAAAGUAAAGAAGAGUCUCCAAGCACCUCUACGUCAAAAAAAGCUAAAGGCAGAAGGGCAUCAUCCGUAGCAAAGGACGUUCAUCUUAUGGAAGAAAAAGGUGAAGAGGAUUCACAAGGCACCUCCACACCGAGGAAAAUUAGAAAUAGAAAAAUGUCGUCUGUGUCAAAUGAUACUUCUCCCGCGGAGGAAACGGAAGAAGUCAGAGUGCCUGUGAGGAGAAACACAAGGCGGGCUGCGUCUGUACAGAAAGAAAUACCAGAGCCAACGAAGAUCAGUAGGACUUUAUCUUCCUCGAGUUUAGGAAUUGAAACCGAGGAUGAGAAAUCAACCAGAAGUAGAUCAACCAGGAAACGUGGUAGUUCUGUACCAAAAGAAGUAGUAGAAGCGCCGAGAACUCAAAGAGCCAGCAGCGUGGCGAGUGAAGUUAUUUUAGAGAACUUUGAACCUCCACUGGAGGUAACGAAGGGAAGACAUUCGAUGAUGUCGACAGUAAGUAGUCCAGCUGGUAAUACCCGCAAUCGUAGGUCGUCGAUACAGUCCAUACCAGAAGAAUUGGAAGAGAUAUUAAGUGUGCCAUCGAAAGAGAGUAACAGGAAACAGGCAACACAGAUUCCAAGGCAAAGAAGAGCUGCAAGCGUUGAGCUUUCCCAAUCAGAUUCAAUUAGGAGAACUAGAAGUACUCGUAGCAAAAAUAUCCUCAAAGAGACCAUAGUGGAGGAGGAAGUAGCGAAGGUAGAAACUGAAGUGAACGCGGAAGCUUCCAAUACGAAGAAAAAUGUAACAAAAAAGACAGGUAUUUCGUCAGAUACCAUCAUUGAAGAAGAAGUUACACCGAAAACAAAGAGGGGCAGGAAACUGAGCACGAAACAGGAUACCAAUGACCAGUUUUCAUUUUCGCAACCAGACGAAACACAGAAUCCACCUGUGGAUCAGAAAGCCAUUGGAGAAGUGCCCAACUAUGUGUUUUCACCGCCUCAUACUAGGUCAAAGACCACAACUUCUGAUAAUCGAGAUUAAAUCGUUUUAUUCUUACUUUUGAGUGAGGAUGAAACAGAAGAGGAUGAAACACAGCACAUUGUACAAAGAAUGUCACAGUUUAAACACACGGGUAAAUGACAUUCAGGUUACUGUAAAUUAUUUACUGUAAAUCAUUGUAGGACAAAAUUUGUAUUACCUAAAAAAUCAAAUAGUACAAAAAAAAAUUAAAUGCAGCUUCGUGAAAUUUCCUUUUUAACCGAUUUUCCUAUUUUGAAUCAAUUACAUGCUGUCAUACAUACUAUUAAUAGUUGCAAAUUUUUACCAUCUGACAUAAUUUUUCUGAAUACUUGUGAUUAUCUUUUUUUGAUAUUUUCUUUAUAUAAUAAGAAACUAUGAUACAUGCGAUCAUAAGAGACAGAGCUCAGUCACUGAAAAAAAUACGUUUGUUUUUGCUAUUGAAUAUGUUAUCAGUGAAUGAUCCCAUAUAAUCUUUGAGCUUAAAAUAUUUUGUUAAUAUAAUAUUUUGCGUAGAAUAUACUUUUAAAACUAUCAUACUUUGUUGAGAAAAUUAUUUUGCAUAAUAUAUAGAUUUGUUCAAGUAUUUUUUAUCAUCUAUGCAUCUUGUAUUAAAGGAAUAUUUUAUACUUGUUUUGUUAUUUCCUUUGUCUUAGAAUUUCUAAACGAAUAGGUAAAUGUACAGAGAAAAAAAUUUGUUGAUUUCUAUUUUGAAAACAGUUAAAGAAUGAAGAAUUAUAAGAGUGUAUUAUAUCGAAUGAGUAUCUAAUAUUAAUACUUACAUACCAUAAAACGAAUUACUUUUAUACACUAUUCAUCAAAUAAACUUGUUAUAUUAUUAAUCAUUUUUUUUCUCACAAGUUCAUGAAAUGAAUAACGAUACGAUAUAAUAACGUGUAUGGGGUUUUCAAUGAAAACGUGUAUUAUAGCUUUGUAAAUAAUUUAUUAAUAUACCCAUGUAUAGAUGUAUUCAUACAAUAAAUGUAAAAAAUAAUACAUACUACUAUCAAAUACAUUUCCAAACACCAUAAAUAAUAUAUCGUUUAAGUUUUAAAUAUUAAAGUGGUAUUAAAUAAUACUACAAAUUAACUGCACUUGCAUUUCUGAAUAUUAACCGUUUUAUAGAUUA